UAUUACUCGGUGCAACUGCACCCCUUUCCACCAACGUGGGUCCGCCCCUGGCUCGAACCUACGUAUUUGCUGUGGAAACCUGGGGGUCGUGGCUAUGAGAGACCUUCAUACAUGACUAGGACGGAGAAAGAUAAGCCUGAGCUGACACCAGAGCAAGAACUUGCCCUAAUGACCAAAGAAGUCAAUGCUAGCGAUGGGUUUGAUAUAGAUUUCAGCUCCUUCCGCUGUGUUUUCAACUACCAUCCUACUGUUCUCCAUUCUGAUCAAUUCGCUGACGAUGACUCUGAAACUACUGAGGAUUUCCUCAAGAUGCUUGCUCAGGAAGCCCUUGAUGUCUACAAUGGCAGACAUGUCACAGAAUAUGAGUUGGUCAAAGUUGUUAAAGCCAAUUAUCACUUUGCUUGUGCGAUUAUGUUUCUCAUAACAUUUCAAGUCAAGGAUCCUUAUGAUAACAUGAUUAAGCUCUUCCAAACAAGGGUACGCCAGGGUAAACAUAUCACUACUCACUAUGUAUUCUGCAGGCCCAAACCCAAUCAAGGAGUGAAAUACAUUGGGAUCAAGAAAGUUGUCAAGAGAGAUAUUGAGCAAGUUGUCAAGAGCCAUGUUCCGAAAGAUGUCAAUAAACAAAAGUAAGUGAUGGAAACAUCUAUCUUACAUGGGUCUUUACUUUGCUUUUGUGUGCCACAAGGAGUUAGAAUCCAAAGAUGCUCCAUUGGUCCUAUAGAUGUGACUUUAAUUAAUUACUUAUGGGAGCUCUUGUGUUGCUAGGGAAUGAACUUAUAUAUUGUGCGACUUGUACUGUUUUUCUUUUUAUACGUAUCGUUUAUUAUUAUGAGUAUCAACAUUAUGUUUUAAAAUGAGUCUUUGCUACUUUGUUCAA